AUGAAGUGCCUCCGUUCGGUGCUGCGUGUGGCCUGGCCGGCCCAGUGGCGCCCAUUCAUCAGCCAAAUUCCAGCGCGUUUUAAGUACACACAACAUCAAGGAGUCAAGGGCAUACGCAAUCGUAAGAGCUUCUACGAGGCUCAAAUGCAGGCGGGACUUCAGGAGCAGAGCGAUCCGACUGCAGUGGGUUCCGGCGACAUGCGUUUCUUGGAUGAUCGCGCCUAUGAUGAAGUUGCUGGCGGCGCUAUGCGCAUCAGCAGGGAUGUGGCCACAGCGCAACACGUAUUCAUCUUGCAACCCUAUGUCAAAUGGUCCGCCAAGCGAACAACGCCCGAUGAUGUAACGCCGGACGAUCAGCUGGCCGAGGCCACUGCGCUGAUACGAUCGCUGCCCAACUGGCAGGUGGCUCGGUCUCUCAAAGUGCCAUUGGAGAGUCUGGAACGCAAAACGCUUUUUGGCAGCGGCAAGCUGGCCGAACUCAAGCUACUAAUGGGCAGUCUGCGGCAGGAGCGGCAGGUAACCUGCCUGUUUGUAAGCAAGGGCACGCUGUCCUUUGCGCAAAAACAAUUUCUGGAAACAGAAUUCCAGCUGCCUGUGCUGGAUCGCUAUUCGGUAGUUAUACAGAUCUUGCGUCUACAUGCGACCAGCGCCGAGGCGCGUCUGCAGGUUGCCAUGGCCGAGCUGCCAUAUAUAUGGGCGCUGGCCAAGGAUGCGAGCGUUACGCAGACCCGCCGCCAGGGCUACUCUCUGAGUGAUCUUCAAAAGGAGAUACUGCGCACCAGAGAGCGCAAGUUGCGCGCGGAGCUGGAUGGCGUGCGUCGACAACGGCAACUGCUGCGCCAGAAGCGCAAACAGCAAAAUUAUCCCGUUGCAGCUGUCGUUGGCUAUACGAAUGCUGGCAAGACUUCACUGAUAAAGGCGCUCGCUGUGGAGGAUAAGCUGCAGCCGCGCAACCAAUUGUUUGCCACGCUAGAUGUAACAGCGCAUGCUGGCAACUUGCCCUGCAAUCUGCAGCUCAUCUAUAUGGAUACGGUGGGUUUUAUGUCCGAUUUGCCCACCGGCCUCUUUGAGUGCUUUGUGGCCACCUUGGAGGAUGCUAUGCUGGCGGAUAUAAUUAUACAUGUGCAGGAUCUAUCGCAUCCCUGUCAUGCCGCACAGCGCGCCCAUGUUGAGUCCACGCUGCGUUCCUUGGCCUUUAGCAUAGCUGGUGGAGACUCCAGUGCCAGCCAAUUGCCGCCCAUCAUCAAUGUUUACAACAAAUGCGAUUUAUUAACACCGAAAGCUCAAUUGGCAGCUGUGGCACAGCAACAAAAUACGGCAGUGGGUCAUCUAAUCUCGGCACGCGCUCAGACCGGCCUGGAGCCGCUGCUCAAGGAUGUGGAGAAACAGAUUUUGGCCGUCACUGGACGCCGAAAGCUGCAGGUGCGUGUUCCCAGCGGCGGACCUGAAAUGGCCUGGCUGUAUAAGAAUGCCGCCGUCGUGGACACCAGAGCGGAUGAACAGAAUGCGGAGAAAAUACUCAUGCGUGUGGUCAUCAGUCAGCGCACCUUGGAACAGUUCAAGCGCGAGUUUUGCUAAUCAUAAAUCUUCUCCCCUCUCUUGCCUAAGCAUACAAUAUACAUAUUUAAUGCCA